AUGGGCGCCCGACUCUCCCAACCCCAAGGUCCCGGCGGCACCGGCGAAUCCUCUCUCCCCACCAAAGUUCCCCCACCACCCUCCCCUCGCCGCCCCUUUCCCCGCCGCUUCAACUCCCGCACCGUCAUCGCCCCCGCCGCAGCCUUCACCAUGGCUAUCCUGCUCUUCGUCUACACCCGCACCAGCAUUCGCGCCGCGAAAGCCAAUGCGCAGCGUCAUCGGGACGCGGAUACGGGUGGAGAGGGACUGAGUUUGUUGAAUGAGCAUCGGCGACGGCAUGGGAUGGCGAAGAAGGUGGAGGGAGAGGGUGGAGGGACGGUGGUGGAGUUGGGGAGGGAGUUGAUGGGACGGAAUAAGGAGGGGAAGAGGGUGGAGGAGGAGGAGGUUAGGAGGAGGGGGGAGGAGGAGAGGAAGAGGGUGGAGAGGAUGAGGAUGGCGAGGAAGGGGGGUUUAACUGGGGAUGGAGGGGAGAAACUGUUGCAUACGCCUGGCGAACACCACCGUGCCGACCAUGCCGAUUAUUGGAAGAUUCCAGCUACGAGCGAGUAUCUGCACAACGCUCAACUGAGAUCGAUCAUCGAUAGUGCAGGAGGCGAAAGGCAUUAUCCCAUCGCGACGGUCGCGACUCGAUUAUUCCAGCUUGCGAAGCGUACCCAGCGAAGGCUGCGCUGCUAUGAUGGGGAUUCAGGCAAAGAGCUUAAGGAUUUUGUCCGGCAGCGCGGUCUCGCAGCAGCGACGCACGUGAAGAAGAGGGAACUUAUCGAGGUGCUCGAGGCUGCCGAUGAAGAUGCAACAUUCGCCCGCUUUUUGGACUUGCCUCCUGAACUGCGGACAUUGAUCUACGAGUUCCACUUCGCUUCCUACUCCUCAGACCGGCGCCUCGGAGCUAUCCAGUCGGCCGUUCCCCCUCCCAUCACACACAUCAGUUCUCAAAUUCGUCGAGAGACAUUGCAGCUAUUCUACACGACUUCUGACUUCCAGUUUGACUUCGAGAGGGUGGACGCUCAGUUCCUGAAGAUCGAGACGGAAUCGACCAACAUCAAUCGACACCUGCCCCAAGAAUUGUUUCCGAUCAUUCGCAACUUUCGCGUACACGUCCGGGAAUUUGUUUACUGGGGAGCUGGAAGAUAUGGCCCCGUGGAGCACGCCGUAUGCUCCGUCUACUUUCCCACAGGCAGUGCGAAGCUCUCGGUGCAGGUGCUGCAUGGUGUACACGACCGCAAGAAGAUGAUGUCUUCUGCGGAUCCCCGAGAAGAAGAAGUGCGCAGGUUCUUUGCCGAAGAUUUCUUGCGUGUCUGGCCACCGACGCUGACUAUUAAAAUCGCCGACACCCUCAUCGCCCUCACCAAUCUGAGAUGA